CCGUCUGCCCGGAGUUUCCCGCCCAUUCUGCCAGCCUAUCAGGGAACGGAAGGCGCAUCGAACACGCGCGUCCCUCACUUUCCGCCGUCUCGAGACAGCGGCGGGCUCGGACGACGGUUCGUGACUCGCGCUGUCCGACAAAGGGGGUGUCUGCGCGCAAGCCUCUGCGCGAGCCGUUGCCCAACCUGCGCGAGCCUUCAACUUUGAUGGGGGGGGACUUGGACGGCGCGUGAGAGAAAAUGCCGGUUAUGAAAGGAUUACUGGCCCCUCAGAACACCUUUCUGGACACCAUUGCUACCCGCUUCGACGGCACGCACAGUAACUUCCUCCUGGCCAAUGCACAGGUGGCCCAGGGCUUCCCCAUCGUUUACUGCUCUGAUGGCUUCUGCGAGCUGACAGGCUUUGCACGCACAGAGGUUAUGCAGAAGAGCUGCAGCUGUAAAUUCCUGUAUGGGGCAGAGACCAGCGAGGCCCUUGUCUUGCACAUCAGCACCGCUCUGGAGGAGAAGAAAGAGUUUAAGGGUGAGAUAAUGUUCUACAAGAAAAGCGGUACGUUGUUUUGGUGCCUACUAGACAUAGUUCCCAUCAAAAAUGAAAAGGGAGAUGUGGUUCUCUUCCUGGCAUCCUUUAAGGACAUCACUGAGACCAAGGUUAAGAAAGUUCCUGAGGAUAAAAAGGAAGAGAGACAGAAAGGGGGAGUGGGAAGUGGGUCCCCCUUCAGCUCAGCCCGUAUGCGAAGCAGUGCAGUCCUCUAUCACAUCUCAGGACACCUGCAUAGCCGGCAAAAGAAGAGCAAGAUCAAGCUUAACAAAAAUGUGUUUGGAGACCCACCAGCCCUACCCGAGUACAAGGUUGCUGAUGCUAAGAAGUCCAAGUUCAUCCUGCUUCACUACAGCACCUUCAAAGCCGGCUGGGACUGGCUCAUUUUGUUAGCCACAUUUUACGUGGCUGUCACGGUUCCCUACAACGUCUGCUUCAUUGGAGAUGACGACCUCACACGAAGCACUACUGUCAGCGACAUCGCUGUGGAGAUUCUUUUUAUAAUAGAUAUAGUUUUUAGUUUCCGCACAACAUACGUGAGUAAAUCUGGCCAGGUGAUAUUUGAAGCUCGCCUAAUUUGCAUCCACUACAUGACUACCUGGUUCAUCAUUGACCUUGUGGCUGCCCUCCCAUUCGAUCUUCUCUACGCCUUCAAAGUCAGUGUGGUGUCUGUGGUACACCUGCUGAAGACAGUACGGCUGCUCCGCCUACUGAGGCUGCUGCAGAAGAUGGACCGCUACUCACAGCACAGUACAGUGGUGCUCACCCUGCUCAUGUCCAUGUUUGCCCUGCUGGCUCACUGGAUGGCCUGCAUCUGGUAUGUCAUCGGCAAGAAGGAGAUGGAGGCCAACGCCUUCUCCUGGGACAUUGGCUGGUUGCAUGAGCUGGCAAAGCGCCUGGAGUCCCCGUACGAGGGUGGGGCAAACAGUACAGCCGGGCCCUCCCUGCGCAGCGUCUACAUUGCCUCGCUCUACUUCACACUCAGCAGCCUGACCAGCGUGGGCUUCGGCAAUGUGUCGGCCAACACCGAUGCUGAGAAGAUCUUCUCCAUCUGCACCAUGCUCAUUGGAGCACUGAUGCAUGCUGUGGUGUUUGGGAACGUGACUGCAAUCAUCCAACGCAUGUACUCCCGCUGGUCAUUGUAUCACACACGCACCAAAGACCUGAAAGACUUCAUCAGGGUCCACCACCUACCCAAGCAGCUGAAGCAGCGCAUGCUGGAGUACUUCCAGACCACGUGGUCUGUCAACAAUGGAAUUGACUCAAAUGAGCUGCUGAAGGACUUCCCUGAUGAGCUGCGGUCUGACAUCACCAUGCACCUUAACAAGGAGAUCCUGCAGUUGUCACUCUUCGCCUCUGCCAGCAGGGGGUGCCUGCGCUCCCUCUCACUCCACAUCAAGACCACCUUCUGUGCCCCGGGCGAGUACCUACUGCGCCAGGGUGAUGCCCUGCAAGCGAUCUACUUUGUUUGCUCUGGCUCCAUGGAGGUGCUGAAGGACAGCAUGGUGCUGGCCAUCCUAGGGAAAGGGGACCUAAUCGGUGCAAAUAUGUCCAUCAAUGAAAGAGUGAUCAAGACUAAUGCUGAUGUCAAGGCCCUGACCUACUGUGACCUGCAGUGCAUUAAUCUGAAGGGGCUGUAUGAGGUGCUGGACCUGUAUCCCGAAUACUCACACCGGUUUGUACAGGACAUCCAACAGGACCUCACCUACAACCUGCGAGAGGGGCAUGAGCGCCAUAUAAUAUCAAGAUUGUGUAACAAAGCUGCAUUACCUCAGAGAGAAGGAAAGGGUAAUGAACAAGUCAUCAAGCGCUACCCAUCAAUUGCGGAAGACCAGGAGGAAGACGAAGAGGAAGACGAAGCCACACCACUUGCUCCGGACUCAGACAGGCACAGGGAAUACUGUGUGGAUAAUAUGUGUCUGGGCUCAGGACCCUCCAGGCAGGAUACAGUAAGGGACGGAAACAACAGGAAGCUGGACCAUAACCCUAGCAUUCACCACUCCACCCAAAUUGGCCUGGACCCUUGUGACCUCAGCCCCAGGAUUGUGGACGGCACCGAGGAUAGUGAUGGCACUGAGAACUCUUCUGCCUUUAGAUUUUCUCAGAGCCAACAACAACCAACCAGCAAUCCCACACGAAAUACAGGUAAUGUACAAAUCAGCACAAAGGAGCUGGCAGAAAAGAUGGAAGAGACGAGAGGACAGUUGCGUCAGCUGAACCAAGAGGUCAGUGCCCUGGGCAAGGAGGUGGCCGACCUGGGUCGGGGCCUCCGGAUGCUCAUGGAGGGCCUGCUCUCUGCCCCACACCCCUUGCAGUUCUGGCCAACCCACUGUGUGGGAAGCCUACCUGCCCAGGUCAGCCGGACCCAUGCAACUCCACCUUACUUGAGGCGCUCCCAGUCAGGACACACCACUCCUCUGUCAGUGCACCUCACCCCGGGGCCUGGCUGCCAGAGUGCUGCGACACUCCAUGGAGAAGCCCAGGAGCACCAGCUCUUUUGCCCCUCCCCUAUGUCAGGGGUGGACCCAUGUUCAGCACCCCUGCCUCCACAGGACAACAACUUGUUCGGUGCUCCCCAUGAGCCUCCCUCUGUGUGCUCCUUGCCUGAAACCUCCUCCUGGACGCUCCUCAGUGGGGAACCGCACAGUACCAGGUCAAAGUGUCAGAGUCUUGAGAACGUUCCUGUUUCGUGGGACCCAGAGGGAUCCACUUCUGCUUCUCUUCAGAGUCCGAGGAGUUUGAAGGCAGGCGUGCUGGAGCCCUCCAGACCCCUGAGAGAACACCAUCCCUUGGAACUAUAGCAGACUUGCUCAGGACUUGUUUUACACAAUUGCCUAACUGCUGUUAUUGCCACCGCGCAGCUCUUUGGCUCAAGCGGGAUUUUCUGUCUUUUAGCCAGUCGAGUAGAGGGGACCAACAGGUGGCUCCUUCACAUGGCAUGUUCAUCAACGCAUGUGACCAAAAGGACAUGACUGUAGCUUUAGGUGAUAGAGACAUUUGAUUAUGCACGGGUUAGACGCAUGUCAGCUGCCUUGACGUUCCUUCCCAAGCUGCCCUGAGGCUAAGAAGAGAACAGCA